AUAUCCUUAUGGUAACUUAUACGCCCAAUAGUAAUGGCUCGCCUCUUCCAAGUAAGAGUGUCAGUGGGACACAAUUAUAUGCACCGUACUAUUAAUGAAAUUCAAACAGACAGUGAGUUGAGUAAUAAGCGGUGUCAUAUGAUGGAACAACCUACUUCAGGGUCUAGUGAGUUGAGUAACAAGCAGUGCCACAUGAUGGAACAACCUACUUCAGGUUGUAGUGAGUUGAGUAACAAGCAGUGCCACAUGAUGGAACAACCUACUUCAAGGUCUAGUGAGUUGAGUAACAAGCAGUGCCACAUGAUGGAACAACCUACUUCAGGGUCUAGUGAGUUGAGUAACAAGCAGUGCCACAUGAUGGAACAACCUACUUCAGGUUGUAGUGAGUUGAGUAACAAGCAGUGCCACAUGAUGGAACAACCUACUUCAGGGUCUAACAGUGAGUUGAGUAACAAGCAGUGCCACAUGAUGGAACAACCUGCUUCAGGUUGUAGUGAGUUGAGUAACAAGCAGUGCCACAUGAUGGAACAACCUACUUCAGGUUGUAGUGAGUUGAGUAACAAGCAGUGCCACAUGAUGGAACAACCUACUUCAGGGUCUAACAGUGAGUUGAGUAACAAGCAGUGCCACAUGAUGGAACAACCUACUUCAGAUUCUAGUGAGUUGAGUAACAAGCAGUGCCACAUGAUGGAACAACCUACUUCAAGGCCUAGUGAGUUGAGUAACAAGCAGUGCCACAUGAUGGAACAACCUGCUUCAGGGUCUAACAGCAAGUUGAGUAAGAAGCGGUGUCGUUUGAUGGAACAACCUACUUCAGGGUCUAGUGAGUUGAGUAAUAAGCGGUGUCAUAUGAUGGAACAACCUGCUUCAGGGUCUAACUUAUUGCUCACAAACAAUUUGGUUUCUGCUUUGGGUAGUUAUAUAAGUGGAACACUACCUGCUACACAGAAUGACAAUAAGGACAUGUUUAGAUUACCUGUAUUAAGAAGUGGGGUGAGCUCAACACCCAUGAAACCAUCUUCAGCUAAUGAUAAUGUUAGCCCCACUCAAGAAACAUCUUCAGGACAGUCAAAGCGUUCUAAGCUGAUGAAAGAGAUAGAUAAAUUGAUAUCUAAAGAAUGUGCAUUCCUAGAAGUUAAUGAUGGAAUUGCUGCAAAUGAUCUAUCACAAGUGUUAUUAGGUGCUAGAACUGUGUGUAAAGCUGUUGAAAGACUUAUGUCACACCUAACUGAACCUUUUUAGCUCCUGCUGACUUGGUUAACUUACAAGUUAACCAACAUCUUUUGUUUGCCCAAAAAUGGUAAAAUUUACAUUUUAUUAAAAAGAACAAUUUGUUACAGGGUUCAUAGAGCAGCAGGAGAGGUGACAGCACUUUUGACUACAAAUCUGAUAUUCUGAGGUCAUGAUUUUAGGGUCCAUGCACCCAUGUUAGUCAUUUAUCAUUAAGUGCAACUCUGUUGGUGUCAAGGGUUUUUGAACUUGACAAGUUUUCCUGUAUUAGAAUUUAUUUAUCAUAAUUCAGAUCUAAAUUGUCAUAAAAGAAUGAGAAAGCAUAUUUUUUAUGUCGCACAGUUAAUCUUCAAACGAACUUUGAGAGCUCCAGUGUACCUUCCUUGAUCAGGAGUUAUUUGCAUUCUUGGUGAACAGACAACCACUCACCCAGUUGGAGCAAAUCAGUGGGUGGUAAGGUAAACCCCUCAUCUCAUGGUUGCUUCAACAGUCGGUUAGGUUACUUGCUGAAGAAUGAAUUUGCUCGAUUUGGUCUUUAGUUUGUAAAUUUGCUGAGUUUUCUUACAACAAAAGAAUAUGAUGUUUUUGUUAAGUACUGUACAGUCACUGAGGGAAUAUUUUGGUAAACAUCACUUAACUUUUCCCUUCAGCUAUAAAAUGUUAUUUCAUAUUUUAAUUCUUUUAUAUAUUUACUUCCAUGUAGUAGUUAAUAAUCCAGUAUUGUUUUUGCUUGUACAUGAUUUUGUGCCAAAGUUUUGUUUAUGAAUGAUAAACGACUUAAAGUAUUAUUUGUCCUUAUAUUUAUUUUCACAGGUACAUGUAUGUUCUCUAUUACAAUAAGAUACUAUUUCCAAUAAAUUAUAAAAUCUGAAUAAGCUUUUGUUAAUGAGUUGUGUAUUAUUAGUUAUUGUUUACACUUUUAACCAUACAGUCCAUGGAGUCCAAAACCAUUUAAUUAGUUUUGCACAAUAUUACCUCAGUGCUGGGCAGCCUUCAUGUGGUGCUGUUUCUGUACACGUGUGUACGUAAACCACAUCAAUGGUGAACUUUUACUGCAGUAUGAACACAUAAAAAGCAGAUCCAGCUUCCUUACCUGGAACUGAAGGCAUACUGUACUGGGUUGGGGAAGGUACUGUCUUGUUUUGCAGAAAAAUUAAUGACCACCUUUUUGUGGCAAUUUAUAAAUUUUGGCUGC